GUUGAACAUUUUUUCACAGAGCUCUCCAGUUAGACCACCCCAUAAGAAGCUAACCACCCAAGAGUGCCUACUAUUGCCUUUGAUGUUCUCCAUAGGGCAUUCUAUGAUGUUAUCAGGAAAGACAUCCAACAAAUAGUAAGAAAAAGACCAUUUCAUUCUGAUACUGCUUCUUUCUUUGAUUUUGGUCAGGUUUCCCAUCACCCUACCUCUUGUUUUAUUAUGAAAGAUGUACAAACUUCAAACCAAAAAGGUAAAAGCUGCUGCUGGGCAGAUGUGGACUUCUAAUCCCUCCAGGAUCAGACAAUCUCUUAAAAAUGUUUACCAUACAUAUAAGAACCAGCACCCAAAUUCAACUAGACAUCCAACUAUGACUUCCUAUGAUUGUGAUAAAGAGGUUAUCAGUACUGAUGAAGAAAUGAAUCUUAUAGCAACAAUCCAAGAUAUUAAAACUGCCCAAAUUGAACUCCUCAGCCAAAUGACUGAUAUUGUCAGUGUAGUACCCAAAAUCCAGGAAAAGACUGAUUUUUAUCAGAAGCAGUUGGAGGUACUGGAAACCAGAAUGAAUGUUAAUGAAGACAAACGAUGCACAAUAACUGAAGAUAUCUUCUCUAUGAAAGAAGACAUUGAUACUUUAAAGAAGAAGGUGACAGAACUGGAAAACGAGAAUUCUUGCUCCAGCAUACAUUGUUUAGAAGUUCUGGAAGGAGAAAGGGAUAAAGAGAUCAUAGAACAACUUUACAAACUCCUACAACCAGAAACUCUGAAGAACACAUCGGCUUCUACAGACUAUGGACUCUUUUCAACAGAACCAGAAAAAGUGCCUAGUUAUCCUGAGGCCACUGAUCAUCUUGAGGACAAAACAAUUUCUCCCAAAAUUAAAACUGUGGAAAAAAGUAACCAUCAAAAUGCAUUAAGAAACUUUAAAAAAGCAAAGUCAAAUAUUUAUGUUUACCCAGACUUUAGUACAUGGAUCAAGCUAACUUUUGUCCAUGGAGGAAAGUGGAGAUUUUUCCUCAGUGCUACCGACUUAGAGGAACUCAUCCAGUGGCUUCUUUCCAGGCCAAUCACCCCUCCUGAGGAACCACAACUUGUAACCCGGAGAUACUGUCCAUUCACUAGGCCUAUUGCAAGUUUGACCACAUUGUGUCUCUCUGUUUUCAACUAUAUUUACUGUCUUUUUGGUUUCUCAAAAGAGGAAGUAACUCGACUAUAGAGUUAUUUUCUGCUUUGUUUGACACAAAAUAAAUGUGAACUGGUUGUUCCGA